AUGCUCAACGAUUUACCCGAUUGCGUUAUCCUUCACAUACUUUCGUUUUUGGACACCAAAGACGCCGUUCGAACAUGCAUUCUGUCCGUGAGAUGGAAGGAUCUCUGGAAAAGUCAUCCUGCUCUUACAUUGGAUUUUGUAAAAUUUACACAUUAUGAUGUAAAUGAAUUCGUGUCUAAGGUUUUAUCUCUUCGCGAUUCCUCUAUCUCAUUGCAAUCUGUUAAUGUUAGGCUUCUUAUUUGUGGCAUGGUGCCUCUAAUACUUACAAGGAUUCUCAGUUACGCUGUUUCGCACAAUGUCCACCGGUUAGAAAUCGAGGUCUGCGGUCACAUUGCGCAAAUUCUGCCCACCAUGUUUUCAUCUCUCACUUUAACACAUCUUGAGCUUUCUAUCCACUCUCUUGGAGCUCCAGCUCCCGAAACAAUAUUUCCUAACUCUCUCAAUUUGCCGGCAUUAACUAACUUGCAACUAGAAAAUAUUUCAUUCUCUGUUGGCGAAAACGGUUUUGCUGAGCCGUUUUCUACCUUUCCCAAGUUGAAUAGUUUGUUUCUUUACAAUUGUAAUGUGGGGCGUUCGCAUACAGGUACUCUUUGCAUAUCAAGUUCGACACUUGUCAAUUUAACUAUGUAUAACCACAAUUGCAUAUUUUACAAAAUUGAUCUACGCAGUCCAAGUCUUUGUAAGUUUGUUUUUACCGGUAAUCCUUAUCAUAAAGUACUCGCGACCGAUGUUUCUUCUCUUAAGCAUCUAGAUAUGGUUGCGUAUCGCAAGGCCCCUCCUUUGUUUCUAUUCAACUGGCUCCUGGAGUUUGUUAAUAUAGAAUCAUUAACGGUCUCUGCAGCUACUCUUCAGGUUCUGUCCUUAAUUCCUAAUCUGUUGAAGAUGGAUUUCCCUUCCUUGGUUAACUUGAAGUCGUUGAAAGUGAUUAUGGGACCAAUUUCGUAUGGAUUUCGCAUGACAGUGUGCCAAAAGAAGUUACGGAAUGUCAAGUCAAAAGAAGAAGCUGUUGCUUUAAGAAAAGCAUUUGCAAAUGGGUCAGACCCAUCUUUACUCAUACCUGAUGGAAUAGUAGAUUUCUUACUUCAAAAUUCACCAUUGGCAGAAGUCUACUUCAUAGGUUACAAGAAGCUAUAA